AUGUGCCACUUUCAGGUCUCCUCACACUGCUGCUGGGUUCCAUUUUGUCAUAGGGUGCUGGCAGAUUACGGGCCUCCCAUAGCUGCUGCCAGGCCCCUAAUCUGCCAUGGGCCCCUGUACCGCCUCCUCAUGCUGCUGCCAGGUCCACAGUGUCUCAUGGGUCCCUGUACGGCCUCCCAUUGCUGCUGUCUCCAUCGCCACACUCUGCCAUGUGCCACUUUCAGGUCUCCUCACACUGCUGGUGGGUUCCAUUUUGUCAUAGGGUGCUGUAUGGCCUCCCAUUGCUGCUGCCUCCACCGCCACACUGUGGCUCCACACUCUGGUUUUGGCCCCGUGACUGCCCAAAUGAGUGAAGUGUGCGGUGAUUCUAAGAUCGACGGCACUCAUCUGCAUGUCAUACUGACUGACAGUAUUAUUUCUCUUCCCCAGCAGACUCCAAGGGCAUUUAAAUUAAAGGUACAGUGUUCUGCACUAAUAUAA